UGGGGAGCGUGGGCUCUCUGCCGACAGAAGAACGCGGAAAUAAAAAAGCACUCAAGGAUGGCAGUUCUCUCUCUCUCUCUCCAACUCACUGAACCCCACGAGAAGAAAACCCCUCUCUCUCUCUCUACCAUGGAUCAGCAGGACAUGGAUCUCUACCAGAAUCUGCCAGCCUCCGGCGGGCUUCCGGCGAAGGGCUCUUCUGCGGCGAGUUCCACGUUCGAAGACUUCCUUCCCGGGGGGUUAACGGAAGGUGAGGAUGUCAGCCUAGAAUGGCUAUCCAUCUUUGUAGAGGACUGCCUCUCUAGCACCACAAACUACAACUCUCAACACCUCCCACCUCCCACCACCAUCACUAAUAGCCCUCAACUCCAAACCCCAACAGCCUACUCAAAACCCCCACCACCCCAAACUCCAAAACCCUCCUUCCAUGUCCUUGAGGGCCCAUCCAGGUAUAGAAGCAAGAGAAGAAAGACCACCCCAAGGUCCCGCCCACAUGACCAGAACUACACCCUCCAUGUGAUCCCCUCAGACCCACCCCUCCUUCACCAGACCCACUGGCUUGCAGAUAGUGAGCUCAUCUUUCCCAAAAAGGAGCAAGAGGACAAGCCAUCAGAACCAGCCUUGGUAGGAGGAGUGGAGGGAGAGGAGGAGAAGAUGGGCAAGGAUGGGGCCAUGGUGCAGCCCAGGAGGUGCACCCACUGCCUGUCCCAGAAGACCCCACAAUGGAGGGCAGGGCCUCUGGGCCCCAAAACACUCUGCAAUGCAUGUGGGGUGAGGUUCAAGUCAGGGAGGCUGCUCCCUGAAUAUAGGCCAGCAAAAAGCCCUACUUUUGUGAGCUACAAGCACUCCAAUUCACACAAGAAGGUCAUGGAGAUGAGGAUGGCCAUCCUUUCUUCCCAUUCCAGCUGAGUAGACUUAGCUAGACUUGUGUAGAAAGUUUAGUUUUUUUUUUGAAUGGACAGCAGAAAAUUUAGUUAGAGAGCAGCUUCGAGUUAUCUUGUCGUAUUUCCUUUCACUCUUUGUUAUGGUUGAUUGAUGAUAUAUAAUUUUCAUUUACCAUCUGCA